CAGCGGCAGAGGAAAGAAAGAUGGCGGCGGCCCUGCGUGCAGCUCGUCUCUGUCACCGGGCGGGACGGACCGUCUCCUCCUCGCCGACGGCCGGACUCGGACGCACCGGGCCCGCCAGUCUGUCAGCGAGGAGACGCUUCGUGUUCACCGCGACGGGAAACAAUGUGCAGUUCCGGCUCGAUGAGAGAACUGCCCACAGCAGCCUGGACCUGUUCAAGAAAGACACUGGCAUCAUCUACCGCAUGCUGGGCCUGGACCCCAGCAAGGUGCAGGACAACCCGGAGCGCUUCCGCGACUGGGCCGUCGUCCUCGGCGACGAGAGGAUCGGCGGUGGACGACACUACUGGGAGGUGACGGUCAAAAAGUCCCAGGAGUUCCGCCUGGGCGUGGCCGAGGCGUCCAUGUCCCGGGACGACUGCGUGGGCACCAACGGCGCCUCCUGGGUGUUCGGCUACGCGCGGCGCAAGUGGUUCGCCAUGACCGGCAACAAGAUGGUUCCCGUGACGCAGGUGGGCAAGGCGGACCGCGUCGGCAUCCUGCUCGACUAUGAGGCGGGGCUCCUGGCGCUGGUGGACGUGGAGAAGCCCAGGAUCGUGCACAGCAUCAAGGCUCCGUUCAGGGCUCCUCUCUGCCCCGCGUUCGGACUCUGGGACGGGGAGCUGCUCACACACUCCGGCCUGCAGGAGCCCGAAGGCCUGAAGUGAAGCAGGGACGUCCUGCGACGGCCUAUAUGAUUGUGAUGGUCGUGACUCCAAUGACAACACUCGUCACGAUAUUACUGUACCGUAAAAACAGGAAAGGAGAAGCGAUAUAUCUUGCUACGGGUGAUGGUUCGUUUUCUGUGGUCCAGCAGUUUCAUAACCACGGCUCUUCAUAAUGUUGUUUCAUAUAAGUGCAGUGUGGAAAGUAUUCAGACCCCUCACCCAAGCUUACGCUAAAAUAAAUACAUUUUUACAUUUUUUCCAUUUAUCAAUCUACAAUAAUUACCACAUCAUGAUGACCCAAGUCAGAUUUAUUUUUACUGUAAAUUAUUCACUUUUAGGUUGAGACUGCUGUAUUACAAAAUGUGAAAAAAAAGAAAAGGGGGAAGAGCUCUGACUCUGAAUGUUUUCCGAUUGCACGUACAUGACACAUGUCAUCCAGGCUCAGGAUCAUAUCACAGAAGCUGCUUUUGUGUGAACUGUACCUCAAGUAUUAGUUCUGAUGUGAAAAACAACGCGUGGUUGGUUAUAUUCUUUUGUAUGUGUUUUCUUUUCCCGACAUUACAGACACACAACCUUUUCCAGCCUCAUGUUCAUACUGUGUAUUGCCACUUUUUUCAAACCUCUUUUUACUUACAGCAAAAAGAUACAUAUAUUUACAGUGAAGGAUUACAGCUGACGUCGAGUUAAAGGAAUCAUUUCUAAUGAAAUAAAAACGGUGAAUAAAAUGCUUUCAUUUGA